AGCAGCUCUGGAGUUCCUCCCUCCCCCCCCCCUGCGGUGUCUCAGCCACUCCUCUCCCUUCCUCUUGUGUCUAACUGCUUGUCAAAGCAAAAGUGAAAGCAGUCUUACCGAUAGGAAGCAGAAUCUAUUCGUCUGUGUGUUUGAGACGAAAAUGACAGAAACCACAUCAACUAAAUACCAGUCCUUUAAGUAAAUAAGCGUCCUGUGAAGCGCCGGGUGUCAGCAUGACUCGGAUUAACUUUGAAGGUUAUAGACCUCUGAGGAACGAUGAUGACCAGCCGCAGAGAGCUGAAGACGCACAUUCUUCCCGUCCUUCAGUGUCGGGGAAGACCUUCUUCGUUCACCUGGCGGGAAAAACCAACGGCGCUCAUCGAGACUUCGUCACGUAUCUGAAAUUCAACGGCAAAGUCGAGGUGGAGUCCUGCGCAGAGAGCGACUUCCUGGUGGUCUUCUGUCCCGUGGUUUCACGAGUCGGAACGGACAUCGAAGCGGCCCUGAGCGACAACUUGGUGCUGACGGAUGGCAAACCGACGCUUCUGGUGGUGAUGCAUCACACGUUCGAUGCCAACCACGUGGUGGCGGAGAGCAGGAGGCAGGUGAGCGACUCCAGGGUGAGUCUCACCGUGGACUGCCUGUUCCACCAGGGCAAACUCCUGCAGUGCCGACUCAAUGAUGCCAUGUGGCUGCAGGUCGGCAACUUCCUGGGUUUUUCUUCCGGUUCACAGGUUAAUUUCUGCAAAAGGAUAUUCACCAAAUGUUUGGAAGUUUGUCUCGCAUUGCUGUUGGUGCUGUUGGUGCUGUUGGUGUGGAUCAAAAAUUCAUUGACUGAAAAAUGGAAGAAACUAUUUCCGAGACGACUGCUGCCGACACACAGAUGAAUUAGUCUCCCACUGAUAACAGAAGGAAGCUUCAAAUAAUAAAUACUGGGUUUUGGCUGAAGCGUUUGAUCAAGAAUAUUUUAUCUGAGGCAACAAUAAUGGGGAAAAUGAAGGAAGAAUAAUGCUUAAGCCAGUUCAAACUUGCUGUGAAUGAAUCACCUGCUGCUUUGUACCAUCGAAGAUGAUGAUUAUGAGUUGUUCCUUCAUGAAGAAUAAAUAAAGUGGUUGCCUCACGUUUUCUGUGCCUUUGUCUCU